UUAUUUCUUCAAAAAAUCACUCAAUCGUUACCUAAGAAAAGUAAAUUCUAGCAGGCUCCAGCCACUCACACUUCCUCUCCAUAUCUCUACUCUCUAGUCUCUACUCUAGGGCAUACAAGUUAUAUGCGGUUGCAAAAAGCAAAAUAGCAAAUACUUGUUUUCUUCUUCUCUCUUUCACCAAUCGCCAUGGCGACACCGGAAAUAGAACUCGCAACGACGAGGAAGAAAACGGAGAUUGAGGAGGAGAUAGAUGAAGAGGAACUUUCUCCGAUUGAAGAAGUGCGACUGACGGUAGCGAACACCGACGAUCCAUCGCUGCCCGUAUGGACUUUCCGAAUGUGGUUUAUGGGAUUGCUAUCAUGUGGACUGCUGUCGUUCCUCAACCAGUUUUUCGCCUACCGGACGGAGCCCAUCAUCAUAACCCAGAUCACAGUUCAGAUCGCUACGCUCCCCAUCGGCCGCUUCAUGGCCUCCGUUCUCCCACGGACGAAGUUCCGUCUGCCGGGUUUUGGGUCCAGGGAAUUCUCCUUGAAUCCUGGACCUUUUAACAUGAAGGAGCACGUACUCAUCUCUAUAUUUGCCAAUGCCGGCAGCGCUUUCGGUGGCGGAUCGGCAUACGCGGUAGGCAUUGUCAACAUCAUUAAGGCCUUUUAUCGCCGGAAUAUCUCCUUCUUUGCUGGUUGGAUACUUGUCAUCACUACCCAGGUGCUAGGCUAUGGUUGGGCUGGAAUCCUGAGGAAGUACGUGGUGGAACCUGCACAUAUGUGGUGGCCUAGUACGCUUGUUCAAGUCUCUUUGUUCCGGGCACUUCAUGAAAAAGAUGAUCAACGUAUGUCAAGAGGAAAGUUCUUCUUGAUUGCACUCAUUUGCAGUUUCUGCUGGUAUACUGUUCCAGGCUACCUCUUCCCUACUCUGUCAAGCAUCUCGUGGAUUUGUUGGGCAUUCUCCAAGUCAGUCACAGCCCACCAGCUCGGCUCAGGCAUGGAUGGGCUGGGGAUCGGAGCAUUGACACUAGACUGGUCUGUUGUAUCUUCCUUUCUGUUCAGCCCCCUCAUGAGCCCUUUCUUUGCUAUAGCCAACGUCUUUGUUGGUUAUGUCGUAGUCAUGUACAUUGUGAUCCCUAUAUCAUACUGGGGAGUAGACCUGUACAAUGCCAAAACAUUUCCCAUCUUCUCCUCUCACUUGUUCACAUCCCAUGGUCAAACCUAUAAUGUUUCAGCCAUCGUGAAUGAUAAGUUUGAGAUAGAUAUUGCAAAUUAUGAGGAACAAGGGCGGAUCCAUCUGAGCAUGUUUUUUGCCCUGACGUAUGGCUUUGGCUUUGCCACCAUUGCGGCCACCCUGACGCAUGUUGCCUUGUUUUAUGGAAGAGAAAUCUAUGAACGAUAUCGUGCUUCAUACAUGGGCAAGGAGGACAUUCACACAAGAUUGAUGAAGAAGUACAGUGACAUACCUGGAUGGUGGUUCUACCUAAUGCUUGUAGUGACUCUCAUAGUCUCUCUUUUGCUUUGCAUCUUCCUGAAAAAUCAGGUCCAGAUGCCCUGGUGGGGACUCCUCUUUGCCUCUGUCCUCGCCUUCAUUUUUACUCUUCCCAUCAGCACCAUUACUGCUACAACAAAUCAGACACCAGGUCUAAACAUCAUCACAGAGUACAUCAUGGGUAUCAUAUUACCAGGAAAACCUAUAGCUAAUGUGUGCUUCAAAACCUAUGGGUAUAUCAGCAUGGCUCAGGCUGUUUCUUUUCUCAGUGAUUUCAAGCUAGGCCAUUAUAUGAAGAUUCCACCAAAGUCAAUGUUCUUAGUUCAGUUCAUCGGAACCAUCAUGGCUGGAACGAUCAACAUUGCUGUGGCAAUGUGGUUGCUGAAUUCUAUUCCAAACAUAUGUGAUGAUCAGAUACUCCCCCCGGACAGUCCUUGGACUUGCCCAAGUGAUCGUGUCUUCUUCGAUGCAUCUGUCAUCUGGGGUCUUGUGGGACCCAAACGAAUCUUUGGAACUCUUGGGAACUACACAGCACUGAACUGGUUCUUCCUUGGCGGUGCCUUGGGGCCACUUCUGGUCUGGCUUUUACACAAGACGUUUCCCAAGCAAACUUGGAUUCCACAAAUUAACCUCCCCGUCCUCUUAGGAGCAACAGCUAUGAUGCCUCCAGCAACAACAGUGAAUUACACUUCUUGGGUUUUGGUUGGCACGAUUUUCAAUUUCUUCAUCUUCCGGUACCGAAAGAACUGGUGGCAGAGGUAUAACUAUGUGCUUUCGGCAGCUCUGGAUGCUGGGGUUGCUUUCAUGGGGGUGUUGCUCUACUUCUCACUCAACAUGGAAGGUAAAGGCUUGGACUGGUGGGGUGCAGGUGGCGAGCAUUGUGAUUUAGCUUCUUGUCCUACGGCUAAGGGUAUAGUGGUUGAUGGGUGUCCCGUCUUUUAAUUGAGUUUUACAACAUUUUAAUGUUCAUAUGUAUUGGGUUUCUUGACCUCAAAUUACUUAACUUUUUUAUUUCUGGAUGAGAUGUUUGAUCAUUAGUUGCCUCAAUAAGAAGAUAAAUGUUGCAUUGAAUA